UAAGUAGAUCCAAAGCAGGUCAGGAUUUUCUGAGCACACAGGAUUAAUGCAGGGUUUGUGUUCCUCAGAACACAGGAUAUCCAGAAUGUGUCAAUGCUCUCCUCCUUGUGUCUUUCUUUGAGGAUGUUGUUGUGCUGCAGCUCUAUGAGCCAAAACAGAAGGAGGAACGGACAGAGAGACGACAACCAGGUUUUCAUGAAUUAUCCCAAAAACCUGAUCUGCCCGGUGGAGAUCAUGUUCAUCGUGGACAGUUCGGAGAGAGCCAAAUCUCUGCUGUUCGAGCGGCAGAAAGACUUCGUCCUGCGCUUCAGCACGAAGCUCCAGCGGCUGCAGUCGGCCGGCUGGCGCCUGCGUCUGCGCCUGGCCGCCCUGCAGUACAGCAGCACCGUGUCGGUGGAGCACAACUUCAGGGACUGGCAGGACCUGGACGUGUUCCAGAGCCGCGUGGCCUCCAUGACCUUAAUCGGCCACGGCACCUACUCGGCCUACGCCAUCGCCAACGCCACCCGGGUCUUCGGCCGCGAGACGUCCUCCGGCAGCCUGAGGGUGGCGCUGCUGCUGACGAACGGAGCGGACCACCCGCGCAGCCCCAGCGCGGUGGCGGCGGCCUCCGAGGCCAAGCAGCACGACAUCCGGCUGUUCGCCAUCAGGCUGUCGGGCCCGCCGAGGGACGGCGCCAUGGGGGCAAGACUGAGAUCCAUCGCCAGCGCCCCCCCGCAGCAGCACGUCUUCAGCCUCACCGACGGACAGCUUGAUGACAGAAUCUACAAUGAACUGGUGCGUCAUGGCCGUGUCACGUGCCCAGAGCGAAAUAGCUGUCUGUGUGAGGGGGGGGAUGGGGGUCACCCCGGAGGCCCGGGGAAACCGGGCGAGCCGGGGUUUGAUGGCGCUCCGGGUCCAAAGGGAUCUCGUGGGGAACCGGGCCUCAACGGACGUCCAGGAGCCGAGGGCCUGGAGGGUCGACUGGGCAGCCGAGGGGAGAAGGGCGAGCUCGGGGAAUGUGGCGUCCGCGGUGAAAAGGGACAACAAGUAGGAGUCGACAUGUGUUCUCCCGGUCCGGAGCGGGGGAGCCGUGGGGCCAGGGGAGGACCCGGGGACCAGGGUCCAGAAGGGACAUCUGGAUCUAAAGGCGAGCGAGGGCUGAGGGGGGCCUCUGGACCUCGGGGUGAUCACGGCAUCGGGUUCCCUGGUCCGAAGGGCGACAAGGGGAACCAGGGAAGACCCGGUCCUCCCGGGUCCACGGGUCUGGGUGAACCAGGAUCCCCGGGUCCAGCAGGGCCACCAGGGAUGCAAGGAUCCCUUGGGUUUCCAGGCAAGGGUCUUCCAGGGCCCAAGGGGGACAGGGGCUACGAGGGCCCCAAAGGGGUCCAUGGACCUCCAGGACUCGGGUACAAAGGUGAUAAGGGGAACACAGGAGCCCCCGGGCUGCCGGGCUUGGUGGGGUUUCCCGGGGCAGGCAUGCCAGGAGAAAAGGGGGACCUCGGGCCAGCUGGGCCUUCUGGGCCCAGAGGACCUCCCGGUCUGGGUAUCGUUGGACAAAAGGGCGACCAGGGUUUCCCCGGAGAGCCUGGAUCUCAGGGAGAGAGGGGUCUCGGUGAACCAGGACCGAAGGGGGAUCCAGGGCCUGAUGGGGCUGCUGGGAUACCUGGCAUACCCGGUGAGGACGGCGCUGACGGGGCGAAGGGAGAGAUGGGGUUGCCAGGUCUGAGAGGCCUAGAGGGAGCGUCGGUGAAAGGCAUCCCAGGAGAAAAGGGAGACAGAGGGGGCCGUGGACCUUGGGGUCUUACAGGGUCUUCAGGCCCGGUUGGACCUGCUGGAGCUAAAGGAGAGCCGGGCAGCCUGGGACCGAUUGGCCUACCUGGAAGUGCUGGGCGGGGCUUACCGGGAUCAAAGGGAGAUCCUGGUCCUGUGGGACCAGCUGGACCUGUUGGAGAACCUGGACUAGGAAUCCUUGGGCCGAGGGGUAACAAAGGAAAUACUGGACCUGUGGGGCCCUCGGGAAUGAAGGGAGACAGCUACCCAGGACCACAGGGGCUGCCUGGCCUACCAGGUGUGCAAGGAGCGAUCGGACAUGAAGGGAAAGGACUACCGGGACACAAGGGGGACAGAGGUCUAUCGGGCAUGCCGGGGCCAUCAGGUCCUCCUGGAAUUGGACUUUAUGGACCAAAGGGCUCUACAGGGCAGCCUGGUCCACCAGGCCUGCUAGGACCUCUUGGAGAGGGCAUCCAGGGACCGAAGGGAGAACCUGGGUUUCUGGGGCCAAUGGGCCCUCGGGGACCACCAGGGGAUGGCCUUCCAGGGGAGAAGGGUCACAGAGGCCACCCUGGAGGCCGGGGAAAGAAAGGAGACAGCGGCGACUACGGAGAACCUGGAUCUACUGGGCCGAUGGGGAGGCCUGGAGAGAAGGGGGUGCCGGGACUCACGAGAGACGAGGUCAUCAAGAUAAUAAAGGAAAUAUGUGGCUGUGGCCUCCAGUGCAGAGACAGCCCUCUGGAGCUGGUGUUUGUGAUAGACAGCUCUGAGAGCGUGGGACCGCAGAACUUUGAGUUGGUGAAGGACUUUGUGAACGCGCUCAUCGACCGCGUGGCGGUGAGCCGCGAAGCCGCUCGCGUGGGCGUGGUGCUCUUCAGCCACGUGGACGUGGUGGCGGUCAGCCUGCAGCAGCAGUCCAGCCGGGGCGACGUCAAGGCCGCCGUCCGCAAGAUGCCCUACCUCGGCGAGGGCACCUUCACGGGCAGCGCCAUCCAUCGGGCCAACCAGCUGUUCCGGGCCUCGCGGCCCGGCGUGAGGAAGGUGGCCGUGGUCCUGACGGACGGGCAGGCCGACCCCCGUGACGCCAUGCCGUUUGAAGAGGCGGCGACGCGCGCCCACGCGGACGGCAUCGAGAUGCUCGUCAUCGGAAUCAUGAACAAGACCGACCAUCUCUACGCAGAGUUCCGGGCUCAGAUGGACGUCAUUGCCUCCGAUCCGGAGGAAGAGCACGUCUACCUCAUAGACGCCUUCAGGGAACUUCACAGUCUGGAAAGUAAAAUACUCAACCACAUCUGUGAGCCGAGUGGCCGGAUGGCAUUUCUACCAAAGUCCAUCUUUCCACCUGUGGAGCUCCACCGAGAGGCUCCGGAACACGGAGAGUUCCCAGAGGAGGAAAACAUACAACUGGACCUCCCAGUGGAGCCAGAACCGGCCCUGACUCCUCAGUCAGGUCGGGUCGACGAGAACCUGGUCCAUACUGAACUGUUCGUGGAUCCCUGGGACGAGCUGCCAGACAUCACCUUCGGCUCUCCCGGUGGCUGGGGGCCUCUGGGCCCCGGAGGGACCUCCGUUGGGGGUCCUCAGACCGCGACUAACCGACUGCACGAGGCUGAGAGCAAUCUGGCUCCGGUCAGCCCUCCUCCUGCCCCCCUGACGGCCUCAUCGCAGCCAGGUGAGGGCUGCAGCCAGCCUCUGGACCCGGGUCCCUGUCGGCAGUACGUGGUCAAGUGGUACUACGACCCCGAGGCCAACGCCUGCGCUCAGUUCUGGUACGGGAGUUGUCAGGGCAACGCCAACAACUUUGAGUCGGAAGCCGGCUGCAGGAGCUCCUGCGUCUACACGUAGCCGACCGCGAGAAACGGGCGAAGCGACCGCGCUCCAUCGGAACAGACCGACGGAGGUGACGGAGGGCCGUCUCUCAGGCUACGUUCACACUGCAGGUGCUGCUGCUCGAUUCUGAACUGCCGUCUGGUCAUUUCCUAAAACUACUUCAAUCUAAGAUUCAUACCCACAUAUUCAACGACAAGGAGAAUCCACAAGACCGGGUGAGAAUGGGUUAAACAUUCAGUUUAAUGUCACUUUCCUUCUGUUGUCGAUACACUCAGCCUGAUUCCUCUUCACACGGGACACGUGCCACAAAGCAGCUUCAGUCUGUUGGGAUCCGUCUUCCCGAAGCCGAACGUCGGUGAUCCCGGGUCAACCGGUUCAGUUUCCCCCGGAGUUAUCCAGCUCUGAGCAUGUGCACCUGAAAGCACCACCGACAAUAUGAAAUGAACCACAGGGCGAAAUACACUCAAUUCAAUUUAUUUUGUAGAGCCCAAAAUCACAAAUUAUCGGAUCAGGGAAAAAAAAUCAAUAUAUUUUAUCCGGGAGAAAAAGAAGGAAGAGGAGGAUCCCUCUAUCAGGAGGGACAGAAGCACACCAGAUGUCAUGUGAACAUCGUCAUAGAGUUACACAAAUGAUUCAAAUAUAAAAUAGUGUUACCCCACAACUUGAAUAGAAUAGCAGAAAAUAAAUGAGGAAUGUGUAACUGAUAAAGUGUUAGGCUGCUACCUGUUAGUGGAUCAUUUGUGUUUAUUUGUGCGAGAUAUGAGAGCGGUAGCAAAUAAGAGCAUAUGACCCUAAACAGCAAAUAUAUUGAUUGAUUUAUGGACUACAUGUGGAUGUGGUUUACCCCUCUGAUGCACCUCUAAGUGACCUCAACAAUAUGUGAUCUUUGCAUGUUAUGCAUUUCAUCCUUUUUUUACACAUUAUAAUGUUAUUUUAUUUUAUUCUUUGCGAUAGAAAAAAGAAAAUGUUUGUAUUACUACUCCAAAAAUGUGCGACAUUGGUCAAAAAUGACCCAAAUGUAAUCUCAAUGUGUUUGCUGAGUGAGUGCACACGCGUUGGGUUUGUGAUGAGAUGACAACGAAGUUAGAGUUUUCCACUUCUUUCUUUUUUCACUUCCUGAGGGUCAGGGGCUAAGAAAACACUAAAUAUGAGCGCGGUCGACCCGUGUUGUGCAUCGGAGGAUCAAAACGGAGCAGAGCGCUGCUGGAGCAGGAUUUUAUUUCACGUGACAACAAUAGAAACCCGAUGUCAGCAUGGCGAUAAGAAUUCAGUCAUGACACUAUGACGACACAAAAAACACACAGAGCACAGGGCGAAACAGCAGAAUUGAGGGACUGUCACCUGCAAUGUGAACAUAGUUAUGUAUAUUAUUGUUACAGAUGUAGUUUAUGGACCUCACGGCGUAUAAAACAUUUAAUCUUAGGGCACUUCCUCUUGCGGGUCACGGUGUGUCGACGAUCCACACACUGUGCACACUGUGUACUCUACAGCGGUGGAUUGGGUGUGUUAUCACGCUGUGGACGCCCUCCAUUGAAAUAAACGGGAGAAUCGUCCCUAAGCAAAGCAUUAUACUGCUGUGGGCCGGGCCAAGAUGAAAGGCUCACCUAAACAAAGACUCAAUAUCAGUUCAUGUAUACAUAAUGCUCUAUUGAACAUAUGUUCCCAGCCCCCCCCCCCUUGUCCUGGGGGCGUGGCCUAACCGUGGAUGAGUUAUGCAACACCCAAAUUGUGCCGUAGCUACUUCAAUAUUGAUGUCUUAGUUCCUCCUUUGUGAUGAAUGUUGUGUGAAAAGUGACUGUAACAUGUAUUGUUUCAUUGUUUAAGACAGUUGAAAUGCCAGAAGGAAUAGUAAACUUAGAGCAUGGUAGUUUGACAAUAACAUUUUUAAUAAAUACAAAUACAAUUUCUUAA